AUGCCGAGCUUAGGAGGCUUAUUGAAGAAGCGGCGGACCAAGGAUUCGCAGACCCUCAGCAAAGAGCUUGAAGCCGGUUCGUCACCCACCGCGGCCCAGACGCAGACGUCACCAAACCAGCAUCACCACAGCCACCAAUCCCAUCCCACUACUACUGCCGCUUCCCCCGACGCUGCUUAUACCUCUGCGCAACCUCACCAAUCGUCCCACGAUCAUCACAAUCGCUCUUCAGGCACUAAUCGAAGCCACCCCGAGGGUCAACCAUCCUCCAUGCAAUCCGCCGUGACGCAAUCUCCCUCGGCCCACCAUCACCAUGGUCACCACCACACCAACUCGCAUAAUGUCGCCAGUAUACAGAACAUAAUUCACUCGUCCCAUCAGAGCGGCCAGUCGGUCGGCGGCGGUUCUCAACAAUCGCAGACCCGAACCACCAAGGGCAAGUACUCUCUCGAGGAUUUCAGUCUCCAGCGCACGUUGGGCACCGGUAGCUUUGGUCGAGUCCAUCUGGUGCAGUCGAAGCACAACCACCGCUUCUAUGCCAUCAAAGUCUUGAAGAAGGCCCAGGUGGUCAAGAUGAAGCAGAUCGAGCACACUAAUGACGAACGACGAAUGCUCAAUCGCGUCAGGCAUCCGUUCUUGAUCACCUUGUGGGGCACAUGGCAGGAUUCGCGCAAUCUGUACAUGGUCAUGGACUUUGUCGAGGGAGGUGAACUCUUCAGUCUGCUUCGCAAGUCUCAGCGAUUCCCUAAUCCCGUGGCCAAGUUCUACGCCGCGGAAGUCACUCUUGCGCUGGAAUACCUGCACACUCACCAGAUUAUCUAUCGAGACCUGAAGCCGGAGAACUUACUUCUCGACCGGCAUGGCCACCUGAAGAUCACCGACUUUGGUUUUGCAAAGGAAGUGCCUGACAUCACCUGGACCCUGUGUGGCACACCCGAUUAUUUGGCUCCCGAAGUUGUUUCUUCCAAGGGUUACAACAAGUCGGUGGACUGGUGGUCCCUUGGAAUCCUGAUCUUCGAAAUGCUGUGUGGCUUCACACCCUUCUGGGACAGCGGAUCGCCGGUCAAGAUCUAUGAGAACAUUCUCCGGGGUCGGGUAAAAUACCCACCGUACCUACACCCAGAUGCUGUGGAUCUACUUUCGCAACUGAUCACGGCAGACCUCACCAAGCGGCUGGGUAACUUACACGGUGGUCCGGAAGACGUCAAGAAUCAUCCGUGGUUCGCCGAGGUCACCUGGGACCGGCUGGCCAGGAAAGACAUCGAUGCUCCCUAUGUACCACCGAUCCGGGGAGGACAAGGUGAUGCAAGCCAGUAUGACCGCUAUCCGGAAGAACAGGAAGCCUACGGUCAAGGCGGUGAAGACCUUCACGGCCAUUUGUUCCCCGACUUCUAA